AUGGCGUCUACACCACAUAUGCCCGCUAAGACAUCGAUUUCAAAUAAAAUUACCAAAAAUUCAGCGCCUAGUAUCCUAAGUUUUAACAGUUAUAAUAAAAGUAAAAAAUUUGAACGUAGACAAGAAACGGACAAUAAUAAGAACACGAAUAAAAAAGUAUCGAGCAUAUCUGAUAUUCCUGAUAUUGCUACUAAACUAAUACCCGAAAUACCUACUUUCACUGAGACAUCAUCGUUACCUACCGAUACAACGUUACUGCCUACCGACACAACAUCACUACCUACCGACACAGCUACCGUCUCACCCACUGAUACAUCAGUUUCGAUGUUAAGUGAACCAUCACCCUCCGACACUACUAUUAAUAUCGAUUCAAUACAAACACAGAAUCCUUCACAACCCACAUCAACGGCAACUUCGACGCCAGGGUUAGAUACAAACGGCACACGUUCGUGGUUAUUUCCAAUAAUAACUGCAUUACUGUUAAUUAUAUUAUUAUUCUUAAUAUUCUUGGGGUUUUUUAUAAGAAAAAGAAAGAGAAAUGCCAAUAAUGCAAACAAUAAUAAUGAUCAUUAUUUACGUAACAUCGAUAAUAGUGUAAAUGAUGAAGAGAAAGUAAUAGGAAAUAUGAUAUCAAUGGAUAAGGAGAAGGAAAAUAAUUCUAAAUCGAAUUCAUUAACUUCAUUAACUAGUAUUUCCUCUUCGUUCAAAAUGAAAAAAGGAAAAGUUGUGCCUGCUGAUGUUAAUAUUGCUAGCUCUCCUGCUACUCCAACUACGUUAAGUUCUCCCCCAAUCGUGGCUAAUAAUGAUGAUGAAGGCCCUUCCCCUCCUUUUAGGGUAAAACGUGCCGCAAAAACUAAAUCUGCAUUUACUGAAAUAGUUGAUUUAACUGAAGAGGAAAAUAAUAACCUAAGGAAAUCUGUUAGUACUGGCAUAUACACAAUUACUUCCCGAUUUAGUAAUAUUAGCAAUGUUUCGAGUGGUAAUAUUGGUUCUGGAGAACGUUCUUCUGUGAAUACCGUGACACCUUUACAACAAGAACGUAUUGAAUCAAUGAUCCUUUCUCCCAAGGCUAAUACAAGCCCAAGUGCAAUUGGUAGUAGUAGCGUGAAUAAUAAUCAUUCAAGGAUUGUUACUUUUGCGACACCUCCAUCAGAUACAAGUAGUAGUGAUGAUAAUGAUACUAGACAUUCUAUUUAA